UACCAAUAUUGUAUUCCUUCUUUCAACACCCACCCCCCCACAGCAAAAUCACACUGCUCAAAUUUCAUCUUCUAACCCGCACUUCGUUCUUCUAACUGGGCUGGUUGAACAUAAAUUUCCAUGGCAAAAUCUUACAAAACAGUAGUUUUACUGUUACCUUUGAUGGUAAUACUUUCAUCAUGGAUGCCCAUUUCACAAUGUUCGAAGAAGCCGGUUGGGAUGGCAAGAAAAGAAGACAUACCUUACAUUCAAUGUCAGGUCUGUGAGAAAUUGGCUCAUCAACUGUACCAACAAGUUCAAGCAAAACAAGAUGAGAUAUUGCCAAAGAAGAUUUCAGAGUAUCAAAUCAUUGAAAUGACGGAGAAUGUUUGCAAUCUGAAGAAGCAGGAAGCUGACUGGAUCCUCAAAAUUGAUAUUGUCGAACAAGGAGAUCGUUUAGAGCUUGUUGAACAGGACUCUGAAGGACAAUGCGGUUCAGAAUGUAAAACAAUUGAGAGAGCUUGUCAGGAGGUUAUGGGAUAUUCGGACACUGAUGUGGCGGAAUACCUAUAUAAGGCAAAGCCCGAUGUAGACUCUUUAGUGAAGUAUCUUUGUAAGGAUCUCACUGGGGCAUGCAGCAAAAAGCCCCCAAAAGUGCCUAAGGCAAGCUUCUCUGACUCUUGCUUAGUUUUGAUUAUAUUGGGUGUUCAUGAAUUCAGAUUUUUUCUUGGACUGAUAAAAAAUGCAAAUGGUGUUGUUUAUUUUGGGGUGGGGUGGCUGCCUUUCAAUCUUUUCAUAAUUAUGUAAAGAAUGUUUUCGCCCCAGCCUUCAAAAAUCUAAAAUGUUCAGCAAGCAUUUGAUAAUGAUAGAAACCUAAUCGUAAGUCACGAUGGUGCAAAUGUGUGAGAAUUCUUAGAUGGUUCCAAUGUGUGAUUAUCCUUUCUUUAUUUCAUAGAGAGACUUUAUCUAAGAUGGUGCCAAUGUGUUAUAGUUCUUAGAAACCAUGGAUCUUGGUGAGCGGUUAAUUUCAUCCGACGUUAUCCUUUUGACACGUCUCUGUGAAAUAUCUAAGAAUCCGAGAGCAGUUCAACUACAAUCACUACUAAAUAACUAUGUGCGAAAGAAAUAUAGAAGGAUCUGGAUGACACAUGUGAUACCCUUAUUCCUUUGCCGAUAUCCCUAAUGCAGUGGGUGCAACCUAUCUUUGAUACUUUCAUUACAAAAAGAUGUGGUUGUGCUCAGAGAAUAAUAAAGGAAGCUUGGUGCUUAGGGAUAAUGGGUAUGGUUGUGUGUAGAUGGUAAAAGUGGAGAAUUAAAUUCUAUAUUUGUAAUCAGAUUAUAUGAUUUGAGAAAAAAUUUAUGUGAUUUAUCUUGAUUAGAUUUCUCUACGUUUCCCGUCUACAUAAAGUUAAAUCCGUUAGGCAUCACGUUCUUGAUUGUCUUAUUCCCUUUGCAGGAUAGAACUCCAGGAGAGCCAUUUGUUCCAAAAUCCUCAAAAGAGGCUGAAAUGGAAAGACUCUUAAAAUCUAUGGAGGUGACUCUAUAGUGUACGAACGUUGUAUUUUUUUACACAAUUAUUUGCACCCUAACUAAAAGUAUUCUUUAUUAUAGGGGAUGCCAGGAGCACCUGGUAUGAAGAUGUACUCGAGAGAUGAUUUGAUGAACAUGAAAAACUUCGGUGAGGAUGAUGCGGAUGAGGAUGAGGAUGAAGACGAUGAUGAGACGAAUUUCCCUUCUAAAUUGGUAUGAAUCAGAGCCUUUUUCCCCUUGAUCUAACCCGAACUAUUGACUUCAAUAGCUAAUAAUGCUAAGGAUUGCUGCAGGGGAAAGCCCUAAGGGAUAACGAAAAAACCAAAGGAGAUUGGAAACAUAGAAUCACUAAAGGAGUCUUGGAUGCUGGUGAGGCAGUCAAGCAUCAUGCAAACAAAGUCUCCAACAGGAUUCGACAGUGGUGGAAAAAGCGUACAGCAGCAUAUAACAAGCAAAACUCGAAGGGCAACAAGGCAGAGCUCUAGCCAACGGACACGCUUUUAGACAGUGGAGGUUUGGGUUUAACGCUUAUUCUCUUAGUUGUAUAUUUAACCCGAAAAAGCAUCCCUAUGACAUGUUUGACAUCCUAAUUAAACCUCAUUUAACAGAUGUAGUUCUUCUAGCAGCUUUGUAGUACUACUUUUUGUACCAUUAGAAUCCAAUUUUACGAAUGAGGAUGGACCAUUUUAUGGAUACACAGUUUUGUAUGCAACGGAUUGAGUCAUUGUUAUUUAUCUUACUACUGAAACUUUAAGCAUGACGGCACCAUCUUUUGAUGGUGUCGAUUAAACAACUCUGCAACAUUUGCACACAAAAACGGGAAAUGCCAAUCCCUGUAAAGAAUAUGCAAGUUUGCAUAAGGCAAUCAAUGUUAAUGUUGUGUUUUGGAAAAUGUGGAGGAAUUGCAUACCAGAAAACCUGUUCUGGAGUGUGACAAGGAUGAUAUAGCCUAUUGCAUCAAUAAAUCUGGAUUUAGCUUUGAGUUGCCGCCAAAUCGAUAGUUGAACUCUUCAAGAAUUCCUUAGCAACAAUAAUUUUAU